ACAUCGGAAUCGGCAACAAGGCGCGGGCCCCGAUAGACGAUCCUCAAGGUUGGAGAGUAGUAGCUGGAGGAGCGAUGACGACGUGUCCAAUGCUAAGACAGAUGCCCAUCAAGGAACAAGCGGGAGGGAUGGCACCCUGAGAAAAGAAGAGAGGCGAGAGGCCUGGGAUCGGAACGAAUAUCGGCAUUCUCCAAGAAGAGAGCUUCAUGAUGCUGCUCGCUCCGAUAGUAGCCACCGUCGCCAGAGAGAUACGCUAAGCGAUGUAGGCUCAGAGGAAAGCCAGAAACGUCGAGAUGUCAACCGGAAAAGUCAUAAACGACAUGUGCACCAGCACCAGAGGGCGAACAACUCUCAUAGAACGAAACACCGAGAAGAUAGGGAUGGAGUUGGUCCAGAUAGACCGACUUCUUCACCGAGAGGCUCGACUGCGGAAGAAAUGCCACGUUUGGGCAUUCUCGAGGACAGUGAUUCGCGGUCCCGCACACAAGAGUGUGGGGGAAGCCCGGAAAAGCCAAAAUCGAAUACCGGGGAAAGUAGGAGGGGCCGUAAAAACCGUCGCUCCCGACGAAAACGGGCGGAGCAGGACGACAGCGAGGCCGAAGGGUACGGUUGGAGCGGCAACAAAUACAGCUGGGAUUCGGCAGAUGUGGACAGUACAGGCAGCUCUUCCGAUCAGCAGGAGUUGACUAAGCUCAACCCGAACGGUGGCGACGGCAAGCAACGACCAAAGCUCCAGCCCUUAGGAACAUGUACGGACUCCAAUGAAGACGAGGACAGGGCAACACACACAACCAGCGGCGACAACAACACCGCGGCAGCGGCGCCGGAGAAGUUAUUUAGGUCCCCCCCAGAUCGAACCAGAGGGAAACUAGACGAUUCAGGAGCGUGGGGCAGUGACCGCGAACAAGAUGGUGCAAUCCAGAAAAUGGCUGGGAGCUCGGGCUCCGGCCAUGGCCUAACGCAACCCUCGAUGAAUUCUGACGUGAAAUCGCUACCGCAGACUACCGUGAACCGCGCUGAGGUGGCUGUCGGCAAACCAAUCCGUGGUGCGCGGUGGGGCGAAUCUAUCGGUGUAAGAUCUGCAGUUUUUGACAGCUCGACCAUUCCGACAAAACGAGUGGACCUGAAAAGGUUUGUGUCCGGCCCGCUCAAUUCCGGCCCAGGGACCGUUCUACGCUGUUUCAUUGAACGGGAUCGGAGUGGAACUCACAAGUUCUCCCCCGUGUUUUCCAUGUACGCCGAUCUCGGGGAUGGCAGUGGGCGCAUGCUGCUGGCCGCCCGCAAGCUGUUGGCCAGCAAAACCGCGUACUACACGAUAUGCACCCGACAAGAGGACUUGUUCAAGGACAACGGCAAGAGGGGUGGAAACUCGUUUCUCGCCAAAUUAAGAGCCUCCAGCGUAGCCCACACGGAGUACGCCCUGUAUGACAGGGGAGACAACCCUGCCGUAGCAGCUAGCGAAACCAGCCUUGAUUCCGGUGCGGAGGCCAAGCCGAAGUCGAUGCGGAACCCGAUCGACCUCGCCAGAUCCAAGACAUUGAGGAAUCAAGAGAGGCAUGGCCAGGGAGAAGUGCGUAGGGAGCUUGGCGUAAUCAUCUACAACUUCGACAAAAAAGAGCAGCGGACGGGCAAGCGUCGAAUGGAGGUUGCGAUACCACAGCUUGAGCAGGAAGGCGACUCUUGGAAGCCGGUCUCCUGGCAACCUAGCGAUACGAAGGAGAGCAUGAUAAACAACUUCGGGCGACUACGGUAUCAGGGUGCCCAAAACUUCCUGCAAGAUGAUCGCCUGCUUAUCUUCCAUCAAAGGGAGAGCCGGUACGACCCUUUGUCGUCCUGUCUCGUUGACUACAGGGGCCGAGCGACGGCUCCGUCUGUAAAAAACUUCCAGCUUCUCAAGUCACCCCCAGAAGACAAUGUGAAGCGAGCGAGGUACUUCAGCGAGGGGGGGGGGAAGAACGACGUUGAAAGCGACGAUAUACCGAGACCAGUUUUUCUUCAAAUGGGCAAGGUGGGCAAGGACUGCUUCAACGUGGAUUUGGAGUGGCCGUUGUCGGUCCUUCAGGGGUUUGCCAUCUGCCUCAGCCGCUUCGACGCCCAAGCGCAGUUUUAG